AUGGACAUUCUGUGUAUUACAGCAGGAGAAAUAAUAACAAUUCUGUUUAAAUACUUGUUAAAGCAUACGCAAAAUUUUCAGUGCAUGGGACUAACCAGGAAGAAAGACAGAACAAAAGCAAAAUUAUGCAAAGAAAAAGUAACUUCAUUAGUAUUUGUAGAAGCAGAGAGAGAAGCAUAUCUUAAAGCACAGAAAAAAAGGAAAAUAACUGCCAAAAAGCAGAAGUACAUAAUGAUGGAAGAGCAGAAGAGAGAAGCCAAAAAGGAAAAGAGAAAGGAGUAUAGAAGAAGAGCAACAGAAAGAGCAGAAAUAGCGCAGAGGGUGCUUGAUGCUUCAAUGCAAAAAGAGGAGGAAGUCAAAACAAAAAUAGGAAAUUCUUUGGUUACUAUAAGAGAAUUAUAA